AUGUCUAGCAAAGAAGUCACUCCUGUCGAUGGCCAGUACCUCCCAAGUAGCUCCAACAGCUCAAAGGCGGAGGAUGUCGGCACCACAACAGUUAUCAGGUCUGAUGCUCUCGAGGCCUUGAGAAAUCGAGUCUCGGGCGGUGAUGCAACUUUUGACCAGACUGAGGAUCCGCGCUAUUACAAGCCUAUAGAUACUUAUGAGGGUAUUCACCGAUGGGAUCCGGAAUUUGAGUGGGAGGAAUGGGAGGAAAAGAAGCUUGUUCGAAAGAUCGACUUGCGAAUCAUGACAUUUGCAUGCUUGACAUUCUUCGCUCUACAGCUAGACCGAGGAAACCUCGUCCAAGCCACUUCGGACAACAUGUUAAGUGACCUGGGUCUUACAACCAAUAACUACAACACCGGAAACACGAUUUUCUUGGUAUGCUUCCUUUUUGCGGAAUUGCCGUCACAACUCAUUUCGAAACGACUUGGACCCGAUCGCUGGAUUCCGAUUCAGAUGGUGUCUUGGAGUUUGAUUGCUUCUUGCCAGGCUUUUCUCACUGGUCGUUCGACUUUUUAUGCUACUCGAGCUUUGUUGGGCUUGUUUGAAGGUGGAUUUAUUCCCGACACAAUUCUCUUCCUAUCAUACUGGUACAAAUCAAAAGAACUACCCGUCCGACUCAGCUUCUUCUGGUCCGCAUACGAACUAACAGCCAUCAUCGGCGCCUUUCUCGCCUAUGGAUUCCUGCACAUCCACACCAGCACCGGUACAGGUCAAUGGCGCUACCUAUUCGCCCUUGAAGGCCUCAUAACUGGAGUCAUCGGAAUAUUUGCUGCAUUCUACAUGCCUGCCUCCCCGACACAAACAGCAGGACGCUUCCGGGGUAAAAAUGGGUGGUUCUCCGAACGCGAAGAGAAAAUCAUGGUCAACAGAGUUAUUCGCGAUGACCCGAGUAAAGGUAGUAUGCACAACCGACAAGCCAUCACCCCAAAACUACUCAUCGAAGCUCUUUAUGACUACGACAUGUGGCCCAUCUACCUCGUGGGUCUGGUGUGGUUGAUCCCCACGAAUCCAGUCAACUCCUAUCUGAGUCUGGAGUUGAGAUCCCUGGGUUUCAGCACUUUCCAUACUAAUUUGCUCACAAUCCCGGCGUACGUGAUCUUCAUCAUCAACCUAGGAUUAUUCACCUGGCUUUCGGAAAAACUGAAUCAGCGAUUGUUACUCGGCGCGUUUGCAGAAGUAUGGAAUUUGGCGAUGCUGAUUGCCCUCGAGACGAUGCCCAGACACGAAAGUGCAUGGGCUCGAUACGCUGUGUUGAUCUUGUUGAUUGGAAGUCCCUACAUGCAUGCGGCGAUUGUGGCCAUGACUUCACGAAAUUCAGGUUCUGUGCGAACUCGUACCGUAGCAUCAGCCGUGUAUAACAUGACGGUUCAAACGAGUAGUAUUAUUGGAGCAAAUAUAUACCGCAGCAACGACGCACCACUUUACCUCAAAGGAAACAAAGUCCUCAUCGGUAUCGCUUCUUUGAGUUUAUUCUUGUUCUUAUUUGCCAAAAUAUACUAUGAUUUGAAGAACUACUACCGAGCACGGAAAUGGAAUGCAAUGAGUAGCGAGGAACGAGAUGCAUACCUUGCUGCUAAUAAAGACAGUGGAAAUAAGAGACUUGACUUUAGAUUCGUUUCAUAGACACGGGACGAGUGAAUAGAGGUUUUGUUGUACAUAGUAUGUACGGAGGGUGUAUAUUGAUAGAUCUGCUUUGGAAUAGACCCUUUUGACGAGAUAUAUAUCAUGUUUUGACUAGAUGUAGAAUUUAGAUUAUGAAGUCAUACAUAUUCAUGUACAUGGAUGGUCUAGUUACCUUCUUCGUAUCUCGUGAAAAGUGGCUAAUCUGAAACAGUUCACUGGUUUCUUUAUGGAUGUCGUACU